GUAAAGCACGCAAUGCAAGCGACCUCCGAUUGCCGUUAGCCAAUUUUUUUUCAAUAGAAGAAGAAAUCGGUGCGUCGCUAAAAAAGUUCCCUGUUCUGUUUCAAAACACCAAGCAGCAUAAGACUCAGAGGUUGGCUCAGAGAAGAAGAAUGGAUGCCCUCACCCACAUGCUAACAGACCCCCUUGAGCCAAAAGAAGAAAACGAUGGACAAAUUACAGAGGAAUGCAUGCUGGGGAACUGCAGAGUAAACCUCCCGGAAGACUUGCUUGAGGACCCAGAAAUUUUUUUCUCUGUCAUGAGCGAGAGCACCUGGAAUGAAGUACUGUCAGAUUCCCAGAGGCAGCACCUUCGUCAGUUUUUGCCACAGUUUCCUGACAACAACACUGCGGAGCAGGACAGCACCAUCAGUGACCUAUUCAACAAUAGAGAUUUUAACUUUGGAAAUCCCCUUCAUCUUGCACAAAAACUGUUCAGAGAUGGUUACUUCAAUCCUGAGGUGGUCAAGUACAGACAACUGUGUGCCAAGUCCCAGAGAAAGCGGCAGUUGUACUCCCUUCAGCAAUAUUACCACAGACUAUUGAAGCAGAUCCUUGUUUCCAGAAAGGAGCUGCUUGAGUUUGCUGUUCACAAUGGUCUGGACUUUCCACCGAAAAGAAAGUUACCAUCUAAAACACAUGCUGAAAUGCGGGAGCCAAGAGUGAGAAGAAGGUUGAGCCGUAUUUUAAAGGAGGUCAAAACUGAAUGUGGAGACAGCAACGCUUCAUCUGAUGAUGACGACAUAUCAUUAUGGACUCCAGCACCACAAUCACCUUCCUCUCCAACACCUGCCGUCUCACUCAGAGUUCUUCCCAGCCUCUCCACUCAGGACAUGAAGACUACCGAAAAAGUAGAAUUUGGGGAGCAGGACUUGAAAGCCAUGCUGCAAAACCAUCGGGAGAAGAGGAAGCGACAGCCAGACCAUCCAGACCUGAUGACCUCUGAUAUCCACCUUGGAGACAUACUCUCAAGAACAAAUAUUGGUCGAAAGGGGACCGUGCCACUCUUUGACCUGUCUCUGCCUAAGAAGAAGAUGAAAGAUGAGAGAAAGAAGAAGAAAUUGAGGACGAUAAAAGUGGAAUCCGAGGAUCCCUGUGAAACUCUUGCACCCUCAGACACCCCAUCUGUUCCACCAGUGAACAUCAUCAACUCCCUGCCAGACACACCAUCUACUCCACUACCUAAUAUCAAGGAGGAAAUUGUGGAGGAGUGUCAGAGCAGCCCGGUUCUAGUUGAGGAGAUAGCUGUCAGUUUCUUCAACUUGUUGGAGAACAUCUUAAGAGCAGAGAACUUUUCCAGUACUUCAGCGUUGGAGGACAAAGUUCAAAUGUGGCAGUCGUCUCCUGCCAGCUCCCUCAACGUGUGGUUUUCAGCUGUCCCGUGUUGGUCUGACUUGGUUCUUCAAGCCCUGCAGUUUCUUGCAGGAGAGACUAAAGAUGGCAUGAUGACACUCCCCAGUGGCUUUUCUCCAUUUGUGGAAUUUUCUGAUAAAACUCAGCAGUGGAGGUGGAUUGGCCCCACUCAGGAUACAGAGAAGGAUAUCAGUGCACUCUGUCAACUGUGGCUGGACUCCAGAGAUUUAGUCGUCAAGACAGAAAAUGAAGACAUGUUAGAGAUUACUUCUCCCACACCAAGAGUUUCAACUGAUUAUGUGGUGCGGCCCAGCACUGGAGAUGAGAGACAAGUGUUUCAGAUCCAGGAGCAGCAGCGCUACAACCAGCCACAUAAAGCCUUCACCUACAGGAUGCACGGCUUUGAGUCUGUGGUGGGACCUGUCAAAGGGGUGUUUGAUAAGGAGAUGUCUCUCAACAAAGCCAGGGAGCACACGCUGCUCCGCUCUGACCGACCACCAUACGUCACCAUUCUCUCUCUUGUGCGGGAUGCAGCAGCCAGGUUACCCAAUGGAGAAGGAACAAGAGCAGAGAUCUGUGAACUGUUGAAAGACUCACAGUUUCUUGCUCCAGAUGUCACUAGUGCACAGGUGAACACGGUGGUCAGUGGGGCUCUGGAUAGACUUCACUAUGAGAAAGACCCCUGUGUGAAGUAUGACAUCGGCCGCAAACUCUGGAUUUACCUGCAUCGCAGUCGCAGUCAAGAGGAGUUUGAGAGGAUCCACCAGGCCCAAGCUGCUGCUGCAAAAGCAAGAAAAGCUCUACAACAGAAACCUAAACCUGCAUCCAAGCCUAAGUCUGGAAGUAAAGAUGGAGCCAGUAAAGCCCCUGGAUGUCUGGAGGGAGGACAGGAUAUUGGCUCCAAUCCCUUGUCACCCACUCCUGUUACACCCACUAUAAACACACCUGGAACCCCAAAGUCACCCUUACCCUGCACAGCCACCACACCAACAAAGACAGGAGUCCCAGAUGCUGUCAAAUCCAGCCCAGGUGUUCUUCUUGUGUCCCCUCCCUCGUUGCCCCAGCUGGGAGCCAUCUUACCCAGUAGUCAGGCUGGUCCACCAGCUUCACAGCCAGUGACCUCCCAACAUGCGGCUCGGAUAGUGAGUCACAUCGCAGCAGGCUCCAUCCCUCAGGUGAGGGUGGUUUCCACUCAGUCGGCAGGAAGUCAGCAGACCACACUAGUACACCAGACCCCUCACCAGAUCAGGAUGCCCGUGUCAGUGGCAGCCAAGGGCAUUUCACAGGCAGUAGUUUCUGUGCCCCUGAGGAGUCAGUCUACAAGUAGUCCAGUUCAGGUACCGACCAGCCUGUCUGUGUCUGCUGUAGCUGUGGCCAGACCUCAGACUGGAUCACCCAGUAGCCCGGCAAACAACCCUGGCUCUCCUGCUGUGCUGCAAGGAGUCUCCAGUCCGAAUAUCAAACAGGUGUCCAUCACAGGCCAGUUGGGAAUGAAGACUCCAGGAGCAACAGGAAUUCCAAUCACUGCUACAAACCUGCGCAUCCAGGGUAAAGAUGUCCUGCGUCUUCCACCAUCUUCCAUCACCACUGACGCUAAAGGCCAGACAGUGCUGCGAAUCACACCUGACAUGAUGGCAACACUCGCCAAAUCCCCAGUUGCAACUGUCAAACUCACCCCUGACUUUCUUAGCACUGCAACCACAGGCAACAAGAGCAUAUCAGCUACUCUCCAUGUGACACCACCACACCCUUCACCUUCCUCGGCCUCCAGUGCUACAUCCUGUACAGGGGAAGUACAGACCACUAAAGCCGGUGCUGUUGCUUCCACUUUGCUGAAGGCUGCAGGAGACACGGCCAUACGUCUCAUGCCCACAUUGGCUGUGGGUGACCAGAAAGCUCGGACCUUCUCCACUGUGUCCUCCCCUGACAAGAGUGGCGCCACCAUUCGGAUAAUGCCAGGUCUUGGUGUUAUUCCACAGAAACAGGGUCAGACCAUCACAAUGACGACCACCACGGGGAGUAAACCGCUCACAGCGUCUACGUGUGCUAAUGUUGUCACCAUGGCUGCCAGUGUUGUGGCUGGUGCUAAGGGCAUCACAGUAGCUCCUGGAGCCUCGUGCUCACCUCUCACGCUAGGAACGGCCACAGCCACUGUGCGGCAGGUCCCUGCAACUGUGGUCACUACACAAACAGGCAAGUUACCUGCACGGAUAACUGUGCCUCUCUCCGUCCUCAACCAACCACUGAAGAGCAAGAGUGUUGUGACGACACCCAUUGUGAAAGGAAGCCUUAACACAAAUAUCAGCAGUCUGGGCAGAAAUAUCAUCCUGACCACCAUGCCUGCUGGCACCAAGCUGAUUGCAGGGAACAAACCAGUCAGCUUUGUCACAGCACAGCAAUUCCAACAGCUUCAGCAGCAGGGCCAGGCCACACAGGUUCGCAUCCAGACUGUUCAGGCACAGCAGCUCCAGCAGCACAUAGCAACAGGCACCCCGAAAUCAGUUUCCACAGUUGUAGUCACAACAGCACCUUCGCCCAAAUGUGCGCCCGAUCCUCCGCCUGCACCCCAACAGUGAUCCUGUGUCAGCCAGCUAGCAAUGAAUUAAAGGUGCCCUGCUCAAGAUACAUGCCUGUAUCUAGUCAUUUGUGUACUUUUGUUUCAAGCUUUUUUCAGCAUCAUUUGACUUGUUACUACUCUCGCAAGUGAUGUUACCACAGCAUGCAAUUUGCCUUCCUUUUUUUUUUUAUCUGAAUAAUACCCACAAAGGCCAGAAAAGUACUUUCCUCGCCAUGAAUCCACGGGUUUGUGUUCAGGUUCACACAGUCUGUUGGAGGGUGAAAAGCUGCCAGUAUCCCCAGUAUGUUGAGAAUUGUCAUUAUUCCCCAACUACAUUUCAUCUCCUGAGUUUUGUUCUCCACAUUGUUAGAAAUAUAAUGUAAAACAGCUCACCAGGCUACAACCGUGUUCAGGGAGGUUACACAAAAAUCCCUUGUUUACUUUUUCUUUCAGUGGUUGACCCAAAUCACAACCAGUUCAAAUUUCUGUCACUGUCAAUAGGAUGUUUGUCAUCUCUUUAAAUGUGUGAUGUAAUAUUAGCAAAUGUGAAAUGAAUGGGAAUGUCUGACCUA